AUGAGAGAAUGUAUCCGUUUGAAAAAGGUGUAUCCAGAUCUCAUCUCGGGCUACGACCUUGUCGGACACGAAGACUCGGGCCGCACUCUGCGUUCACUCACCCCUGAGCUCCUUUGGUUUCAAUCGGAGUGCCAGGAGCAACAGGUUAACAUUCCUUUCUUUUUUCACGCAGGCGAAUGUGUCGGCGACGGCGAUGAGACAGACGAAAACCUAUUCGAUGCCAUCCUCUUCGGUACCCGCCGUAUCGGCCACGCAUUCUCCCUUUACAAGCACCCGACCCUCAUCGACAUGGUGAAAGAAAAAUCCAUUCUCGUAGAAAGCUGUCCUAUCUCCAACGAAGUCCUCCGCUACACUGCAAGUAUCAUGAGCCAUCCCCUCCCAGCGCUACUAGCGAGAGGCGUGCCUGCUGCGCUGGCAAAUGACGAUCCGGCGCUGUUGGGGCAGGGGACGAGUGGCAUGACACAUGAUUUCUGGCAGGCGUUGCAGGGGUGGGAGAAUCUGGGGUUGGAGGGACUGGGAUCGCUGGCGCAGAACAGCGUGCGCUGGUCGGCUUUUGAGGAUGAGGGGAGCGAGGAGUGGGAGGUUAAUACACGAGAAGGGGAGAAUGGAAAUGGAGUGAGAGCAGGGAGAAUCAAGGCGUGGAAUGCGGAGUGGGAGACGUUCUGUGAGUGGAUCAUCGCGGAGUUUGGGAAUGAUGCUUAA